CCACAUACACUGAGUACACUGUAGAAAAGCACCACCACUGGCCCGAAAUCGCACAGUCUAGUGACACAGUCACGAUCACAGGAUGAGAAGCGGUCUGCUUGCCAUCCUGACGGCCGCAGCAUUGCAAGGCUCGGCCUCGCUACGCUUGCAGCAUGCUGUGCAGACAGUACAGACGAAUCUGCCGCCCAAGCUCAAGGGACAAAUCUGCCGCCAUGGCGGAGAUCGUCAUACCGGUGGUGGUGCUCGGCCGCCGCUCCGCUUGCGAGGCGGCGGCGGCGCCUCGGCUACGUCGGCCUCCGCAGCCGAGCUGGCCCGGGCGAGGCUGAUGCUGCUCGUCGCCAAUGCUGGCUUCGGCAGCUACAGUGUGUUGCUGCGCGCGGUGGCGGCGGUGCCAGGCGCAGAGCCGCUCGGCACGCUCUUCAUCACCUUUGUGCGGUACUCGUUCCUCUGCCUCUUCGCCACGGCGACGCGCUCUCUCCGGGCCGUGCAGGCGAGGCGCCGCUUGGCCGAUGGUGGCUCCGCCUCGCUGGCGGCGCCGGCGCCUGGCGCCAGCCUCGCGGCGCUGGAGCUGGGCACCUACUCUGUGUCGUGCGCCCUCCUCUCCGUCUGGGGCACUUGCCGCGACCACGUGUUUUGCCCGCUCGUCUCGCUCCUGCUCGGCGUGGGUGGCUUCGGGCGGCGCACCUGGGGCGCCUGCCUGCUCGCCUUUGGCGCCGCGGCCCUCACGGCGGCCGUCGACUACGCGAGAGGCGGCGGAGGCGAAGGAGGAGGCGGCAGCUUGCCGGGUGCCGUGGCUCUUGUGGCGUCGGCUUGGGCCGAGAUGGGCGGAGACACGGGCGGAGCUGGCCACGACCUCCUCUCUCCCCCCCCCCAAACUCAGGCGCUCAACCUGGCGCGCAUGAUCGGGCACGUGCGGCCGGCGCAGUGGGCGCUGAUGGGCGGCGGCGUCUUCGUCAGCGGCUUCCUCUCGGCGUCGCUCCAGUUCGAGGCCAUGCGCACCAUCUCCGCCGCAAAGUCGCAGCCCUUCGCCGCGCUGCAGCCGCUCUUCGCCGGCUUGUUCGGCGUCGCGCUGCUGAGAGAAGAGGUGUCUCUCGGCACCGCUGUCGGCGGCUUGCUGAUGAUCGGCGCUGCGCUCGUGGCGUGCGGCGACGAGGAGGCGGAGGAGGCCGCGGCGAGCGACGCGGCCGCCAGCGCAGAGGCGGAGGCGGGCGAGAUGCUCGACGAGGUGGUCCACCCGCCCGAGCCGCGGCCCGACCCGCGCGCGCGGAGGCUGCGGCCGACGGGUGCGGUGGCGGCGGUGCUGGCGGUGCGAGCGAUGCGCGAAGUUGCACGCGUCAGCAGGCGGAAGGCGGCGUAG